AUGAGCGGCCUGUGGAGCGCGGCAGGCCCGGCGCGGCAGGGCUGGCUCUGGGGGGCGGCGGCGCUGCUGGCCCUGGGCACCCUGCUCGGGGCCUGGCGCUGGGCCGGCCCGCGCCGCCGCCGCCGCCUGCAGCGGGUCGGGACGGUGCUCCGGCUCUUCGUGUACCCGGUGAAGUCGUGCCGGGGGGUGUCAGUGCGGCGGGCGCAGGUGACGCCGAUGGGGCUGCGCAGCGGGGAGCUGCGGGAUAGGUUCUGGCUCGUGAUCAGGGAGGACGGGCACAUGGUGACAGCUCGCCAGGAGCCGCGACUCGUCCUUAUCUCUGCCACCUGUGAAAACGGGCACUUGGUCUUGGAGGCCGGGGACAUGGAGAAGAUAAGCGUGCCUGUAAAGCUCUCCAAGAAAAAUCCCGUCCACAACUGCAGGGUGUUUGGACAGGAUAUCCAAGGCAGAGACUGUGGUGAUGAAGUUGCUCAAUGGCUCACCACCUUCCUGAACUCCGAGCCCUGUCGACUGGUGCACUUUGAGCCCUCCAUGGUGCCAAGAAAGUCAAAGGACACAAUAGCUCUUUUCCGAAACACAGAUGAGGUCGCGUAUCCUGACUGCAGUCCAGUGUUGAUCAUCUCCGAAGCUUCGAUGGAUGAUCUAAAUACCAGGCUGGAAAAGAAAGCUAAGAUACAGAACUUCAGGCCAAAUAUUUUUGUAACAGACUGCAGUGCUUUUGAGGAGGAUACCUGGGAGGAUAUCCUUAUUGGUGAUGUGGAAAUGAAAGGGACCGUGUGUUGUGGCAGGUGUAUUUUAACAACUGUUAAUCCAGACACUGGGGUCAUUGACAGGAAGGAGCCCUUGGAAACAUUGAAAAGUUACCGUUUAUGUGACCCAUCUGAGAAGCACAUUUACAAAACCAGCCCUCUCUUUGGGAAAUACUUUGCUGUUGACAAAACUGGAACAAUUCAAGUUGGAGACCCUGUGUACAAGAUGGUCUGGGAAUGAAGGAGACUUUGAU